CUGCAGAGCAGAGUCUGUUUAUCUUCUCUGCCAGCUGUCAAACGAACUGAACUAAUAUCGCAAUAGUCGACUGACAGAUUUCCUAACCCAAAUACCUAGUAGUUAAUAUUUCGGUUCGCAGGACAAAUUGAGGUUUUUUUUCUGCCAGAUUCUUUCGUUUUGUGCAAAAAUGCGUCAGUUGAGCAUAAUUUCAUUAAAAUUGAUGGCGGGGAAACUGAACUGUAUAAUUAUCCAAGAUACACACAAGUUUUCGUCCGAUUACUGAAGAAGUCGAGCAACUACGGUUUAAGAAGUCCUUGCAACUGUGCAAGCAACAUUGUGCACGAUUAAUACUGGUGAAUACUGAAAUGAACGACCGUUUGAGAAUACCGUGUGACGUUGAUAUACAUAUUUUUUGCCACAUAACCGUAACAUGUUGAAAGCACUCUAAUAGUUAACAAUCGAUAACGAUGUAAGAUAAAAUAAAAAUUGGAAAGAAGAAUCAAGAUUUUUAUUUAGAAAUAUCUAAUAGACUGACUGAUACAAAGCAAAAUGGAUAUAAUAAAAGAACAUCUACUGAUACCAACGAAAUACAUGAUACUGACAGACGAGAGAAUUUGUUUGACAGUUCACAGAAACUGGCUCUCUCGACUUUUAACAGUUGGCCCGUUUACUUUUAUCAAUCAUGAUCGUUUGUCCAAUGACGAAAUUGCGGCGCAGCCCACUAUCGAUGAAUUGGGCGGCGAUUGGCUGAAAAUUUAUGCAAAAGUAUACGUAAAGCAACACAGGAAUGCAAUUCCUUUGCCGAGAGGAAGGCCUACCAAUAAUACAAGGAACCAAGCGGAGUUAAUGUUUUCUCAAUUAUUGCAUUAUGUGGCGGAAACUAAUUAUCGAAAUCUAUGGAAAGAAACGUAUAAGAAAUAUUACAAUCCUUGGAAUUUUAUUGAACAAAAGGAACAGUCCAAUAUCACCGCUAAUGUGAACGACGUUACUAUUAUGCACGAAAUCCUGAACAGAAUGUAUGGCUGUACUGUGGUACAAGUGCGACAUGGUACAGUCUUAUCGGUAUCAAAUGGUAUUAUACAGUCUGAAACACAUUGCAAUCUUGUACCAGUCCAUUUUGUCAUUGAAACACCAUCUGCAUUUAUAAUGUUUUAUGAGCAGACUGCCAAUUAUUCACUUCGCGAGUGUGUAAUGUACAGUCCUGCUGCUCUUAAUGCAAGCUAUGGAAAACCAUUGUUUGUAGUUUAUCAGUUAUUGAGAUUAUCCAGAGACUUGCAUGAUCGUGGUCUUGCAUUAGGAGAGAUUACACUAAGUGACAUAUUAGUUACAGACAAUUUUACUAUUCAGGUAUUACCAAAAUUAAACGAUAAUAUUUAUAUAAAACCUGAUAGCGAUUGUAUAAAUACUACUCAAGAAAGUAAAGACAAAAGUUUGAAUAGUAAUAUUUAUGGUAAAAGAGAUGGCGUACCUCGUUCAAAUAAUACUGACUUUGGUUUAAAUGAGAAUAUUGAGAAGUUAUGCGAGAUGUGGAUGUAUAAUUGUAUCAGCAACUUUGAUUAUUUAACGGCGCUCAAUAAUUUGGCUGGUAGGAGAUAUGGUAAUCCCAGCUGUCAUCAUGUUAUGCCGUGGGUAACGGAUUUUACAUCCAGGAGUGGUGGGAACUGGAGAGAUCUAACAAAAUCCAAAUUUCGAUUAAACAAAGGAGAUAGACAAUUGGAUCUUACAUUUGAUUCGCAGUCAACUGAGGUCGGACACCACGUAUCUGACGUUUUGUCAGAGAUUACCUAUUAUGUAUAUCUUUCACGUCGAUAUAAUAAAUCUGUACUUUGUAAACAUGUACGACCAUUAUGGGUACCUGGAGAAUAUCCGGCUUCAAUUCAGAGAUUACACGAUUGGAGUCCCGAUGAAUGUAUACCACAGUUUUUCACUGAUCCCAGUGUUUUUAAGUCCAUUCAUGAGGAUUUGCCAGAUUUGGAAAUUCCAACAUGGGCAACUUCUCCAGAAGAUUUUAUUGAAAAACAUAGAGAAGCAUUGGAAAGCUUUUAUGUUUCGGAAAGAUUACAUCAUUGGAUAGAUUUGACUUUCGGCUAUAAAUUAUCUGGUUCUGCUGCUAUAAAGUCAAAAAACGUUUGUCUACAGUUAGUUGAUAAUCAUACUGAUUUAACUAAUUCUGGUGUUGUACAACUUUUCCCACAACCACAUCCACAAAAAAUUAUUCCAUCUCCCUAUUGGGGUAAAGUACCACCGCGUCUUCGACCGAUGGCUUUCAAUAAAAAUAAAAGUGAUCAAUCUGUGAAUAGAAUCAGUGACGAUGAAGGCCAUAGUUCUGGUAUUGAAGAAGAAGAAUUAUCUGCGACAGUAGCAACAAACGCAUCACGAUCAUCACCUCUUGUAUUGAGUCGCUUGUUGAAUCGUUCCAGAGGUUCUUUGAUAACAUUAUCAGAGGAUAAUGUUAAAUCGGAUAAGUUUAUUAAUCAGCCUAUAAUCCUGCCAAAGGAUUUCAAUCCUAUAGCGGCACUUAUACAAGUAGAAACUACACAUGCUUUCAUGCAAAAGAUCAGCUAUCAAGUUUAUAAACUUGCAAUGGGAUCACACGAUUUUUCCACAAAUUACAAGCAAAUUGUAGCUAGCGGACGUAUUAAGGAGCAACAAAUACUAGGUUGCCUGAUAGUAGAAAUAUUUCUAGCCGGCAAAUUCCGCGCAACCUGGAACGUUGAAAAAGUAUUAUUCGCACAAAGAUUUGCGACAUGUCUGAAUAUCUUGAAAACAUCAGCAGAUAAUUUACCGAAGUGUAUAAAAAACAUUGUGUCUUUAUUGCUACAAAUUGAUAUUAUGCCAAAGAGUUAUAAUGUAGGCAAUGUAGAAAUGAAUGACAUUUCAAUGAUGAAUGAGACUCCUUUUCGUUAUCCAACAAUAACAUAUAUGGGCCUUCCACCACCAUCUGCUCAUCAGUUUCUUCAACCAAUUUUAUCUGGCAGUCUGUUCCCAUUCUCCAAAUAUUGCCAAUACUUGUAUAAUAUUGUGCAAAUGUUGCAAGAAUACAAUGGUUUGGUACGAGAACUAAAUUCUAUUGUAAAGAUCGAGGAUGAUGUAGAUUUUACAAUAAAAACAAGGACGAAGUAUCUGUGCAAAAUUAGUGAGUGUAAAGUAAAAGCAAUUGCUAGAGAAUUGGAACGGCUGUUACCUUACGCCGGUGGUAUGAGAGAAGCUACUUUGCAGUUGAUAGUUCCUCAUAUAGUGCAGAUUAUAGAAGAACCUUAUAGUGCAGUAUUAGCAGUAUGGCAUCUUUUUGAUCCCAUUGCAAAAACGUUGGGACCGAAGGAUACAGUCGAUAUAUUCCUCUUACCUAUUAUAAAACUAUAUGAGAACGGUUCUAUCAUGGAUACUGCAUUGUAUACUGAUAUAAUACCUGCGGGAACACUUGCAAAGUUUCGAACUACUCGACUGUAUCACAGAACGUUCCUGCUGAAGCUGAUAGUUCGGUUAGGUCUACGUAGAUUCCUAGACAAUUUUAUAAAUUCUUUGGUAGAAGCAGUAGGAGGAUACAAAGAUUAUGUACAGGGCUCGAUUGAUACAUGCACACAUAGGACUGUGAAUUUGAAGAGUUGCGACUUAAGUGGACCUUGCAGUGAAGGGGAAGGUAUUUUGUCUCCAUUAGAUGAAGAUUCAUUUGCAGACACUGAACAAAAUGUCGCUGCACCUUCUGUACCAACGAUCGAUGAUCAUACGUCUAACGUUACAACAGAUAAUGAUAUCGAAGAAGUAUUUACCAUGGAAACGGAGGAUAAUGCAUGGAUCUCUUUAAACAAUACCGCACCAUAUGACAUCGACUUACAUAUAGAUCUCAACUUGAAUGUUUGCGAUGAUAUAAAUGACGAUGGAAACAAAAAUUCGCCGGGUGGCUCCGUGAAAUCGCCAACGAUUCCAAUACCUAAACAAUCAAAUACUAGUGGAGUUAAAUUAGUAACCGAGUUUAAUAGUAUCGGUUGCAACGUUGGAAGUAAAACUUCCAGUGAAGAUUUCACUUAUGUUAGCGCAUAUGCCACAAAUAUCCAUUCCGAUAGUAAUUUCUCGGAAAAUAUAUGUAAUAUAGAUGCUAAGGAAGAUAAUCCUGCUAUGCUUUCCGUGGAGCUCGAUAAUAAAAGCGAUGUUAUCAAAUCCGAUAAAAGUGUACAUCAGUUGGAUCAUAUUUAUCGAAAAUCUGUCCUGAGUGAAUGCACAAUUUCGGAGAUGAGUGCAGAAUCUGUUAUCUGGUUAUCCCAUAGACUCGGCCCGGUUCUCACAGCACGAUAUCUGUCGCGAAAUCUUCUGAGAAUGCUAACAUUAUGUUACGCUGGGAAAGAAAAUUUGACACCAAUCGGUGACAAUAAUUUCAUGCAUCUGGAAGGCGUUACAUGGAAGAAACCAAUAUUAGCCGGUGAUCAAAACGCCAUUAAGGUUUUAGAGUGUCUCACGGCUAUCGCAGGAUUAUAUGGAGAACAAAUUAUAUUGUUGCAAUAUUUUGCACACAUAGUCGAGCUAUUAGCAUUGUGCAAGAGAAAAUUAACGCAGAAUUUGGAAGGAGGCCUAAUUUCCUGUCUGGCUCUAUUAAAUCACAUUACAGCAUAUCUCAGUGAUUCUACGGUGAUGGAUGUGCUUCAUGAGCCGAUUGUUAAGUCCAUAUUGCAUCCCACAGUACGUAUAUUGUCAACUGCGAGAUUUACAUUUCCAAAUGGAACGCUUGCGCGUAUUGCUUUAGCCGAAAAAUGCUUGGAAGCAAUGUUCAUUCUUAGCUUACGGCUUGGCAGUGUGAUCACAAAAAAUCAUUUAGCAGUGCCAAUUCAACGCUUUUUUCUGGCCUUUGACAAAGCUUUCAGUGAAAAUUUAGAUGAUGGAGUUUCAUCAAAUCUUGGGCAGAAAGCAGGCACGACCUACGAACAUUUUGUGCGGUAAUAAUAUGGAGAGCAUUAAUUUAGUGAUUAAUUACAUGGCACAUACGUUAUAUGUUAAGAGAAAAUAGAAGGUUUGUAUGGCGAAUUGUGAAUUCAUGUCAGAAAAAAGAAUAAAUGGACACGGUUUCUAUUUA